AGCCAGACUUCAGUCGCCCAUAAGGCAAUUUUCUCUUUAGAGCGCAGGUUGCUGUCUCGGAUUGACUUGCCUAGACGUUGGACAGUAAGAUAGCGUCGGAAACAUGGGCCUGGGUCUAUUGGACGUGGAUGUGAUCCAAUCAAAAGAGUGUCGCUCCUCCUUCCUCACUACAUCAACGUGCUGCUCGGCCGUGAGCAGCGGCGGCGUGGAUUCGACCAUGCUGGAUACAGAGAUGCUCAGCAACUCGCGCCUUAGCAGCCUGUACGGCGGCGCUACUACCACUGGCCAGCGCCUAACGAUCCUCGAGGAGGAUCUGGAGACCGAGGACUCCUCGACGUCACAGAAGCAGAUCCAGAAGAAACUCUUUGAGCUGCACGAGCUGCGCGUGCUGAAGCAAGUGCCACUACCCGACUGGAUGAAGAUCUUCGUGCCGCGAAUUGUGCGUCUGCAGACCGGAACGGUGCCCUACAUGGAGUACGCGCGCUCGGAGAAGGGCGAGGUGCGCCAGCGUCAGAUGAUCAGCGUUUGGACGCGUGUGGAUCGCUUGCCCAAGAAUAAACUGUCCAUCGACUUCCGUAUUCCCGAGGGAAGCGAUCGCUCGACACACGCGCCCAGCUCGAGCCCAUCCAAGACCACGAACGACAAGGUGGCUCACGACAAGUGGAUUCUCAAGUUCGAGACCAAGAACGAGCGUGACCUGUGGGCCAAGCUAGUGCAGGACGCCAUCGAUCUGCUCGGAUGGAUCGCCAAGUUUACGCUGGGCAGCGUGAUUAUGGAAACGGAGAACUCGUCAGUCGUCGAGUGCUCCACUUGGAUGGACCGUGGUCGUCCGUCCUACGUGAUGAAGUCAAUGGAAGCCUCAUCCUCAAAGCAGAGCCACUCGGCUCGCAACGAGAUUGAAAUUCAGCGCAUGCUGACUAACUAUUCGAGCCAUCCGAACAUCGUGGCACUCCAUGAUUCCUUCCACCAAAAGGAUAAUACCUAUCUCGUCAUGGAGAACUGCGUGGGCGGUGACCUCUUUGACUUCAUCAGCCAAAACGGCGGCAUGGACGAGCAUGAAGCCAAGACGCUGUUCCGCCACAUCACUAGCGCCAUCAACCACUGCCACGAACACGGCGUCGUACACCUAGAUAUCAAGCCUGAGAACCUGUUCUUCAAGGUGUCGUCUAUGCAGCUAGAGACUGUCAAACUGGGCGACUUUGGCUCAGCGAUGCAGCUGGACGAGAACACAGUCAAGAAGGCCAUUAGCUGUACAGUGGGCUACGCGGCGCCAGAGGUGCUACAGAACGGCAAGAUUUCUACCGCCGCGGACGUGUUUAGUGCGGGCGCCGUACUCUACACGAUCCUUUGUGGCUACUCCCCGUUUAGUGCUCCUUCUGAGGACGAAAUGGUGGAGCGAACUCUCUCAGGCGAGAUUUUCUUUGACGAGCUCGAGUGGUGGCGGAUCAGCAAAGAGGCCAAGGAACUCGUGAAGCAAAUGCUACACUCGGACGCCAAGCAGCGCCCCACCAUGGAGGAGGUACUGGAACACCCUUGGUUCUCGAAGUGGUAGAUAAUUGUAUUAGGAAGUUAACAUAUUUAAGCGCACAGCAAAGGCGCGUCGUAAUGAAGCACUAGUCGAUCGUACAACCUA